CACGUCAAUUGGGCGAUGUAGACUCGCUUCGAGCUCACCUUUUACUUCCAUUAUGAAUAUUUUCCGUUUGUUGGGUGAUUUGGCCCAUCUCGCGUCUAUCGCUAUUCUUGUACAGAGAAUACACAAGUCGCGUUCCUGUCGAGGCAUAUCAUUCAAAACUCAAGUUCUAUAUGUCGUCGUCUUCGUAUUUCGUUAUCUGGACUUGUUCUUUCGAUAUGUCUCACUCUACAACUCGGUUAUGAAACUGUUCUUCAUCGGUAGCAGUUGCUAUGUUCUAUGGCUCAUGAAGGGUCGGUUCAAACCAACCAACGACCCCUCCAUUGACACCUUCCGCAUUGAAUAUCUCAUUGGACCCAGCAUCGUCCUCGCCUUGAUUUUCAACUACAAAUUCUCUGUCACCGAGGUCUUCUGGUCUUUUUCCAUCUUUUUAGAAUCCGUCGCUAUUAUGCCCCAACUCUUCAUGCUACAACGUACGGGCGAGGCAGAUGCAAUUACCACGCAUUACAUUGCUGCUUUGGGUGUCUAUAGAGCAUUGUAUAUACCGAAUUGGAUAUACCGGUACUUCUCGGAAGGAGUUGUGGACCCUAUAGCGGUUACUGCAGGCAUAGUUCAGACUGGGCUAUACCUCGACUUUUUCUAUGUCUACUUUACAAAAGUACUUCAAGGGCAGAAAUUUGAACUUCCCGCAUGAGUGCACAUCAAGUAACUCGAUUUUGCGCGCUGCCUUUCUUUGUGCGAUGCAUCAUGAUAAUGAUGGUUGAGAUGAGAUGGGUAGGAUGGGAUGAUAAAUGAUGAGAGUUUUUGUAGAUGGAGGGCUCUUUUUUUUUCUACCAUCAACCACUACUAUUGUUGUCAUUGUUGUGGCUAUUUUUAGUUUUUUUCGACACAAGUGGAACGCCUGUUCAUGGUUUCUUGCAUGUCAGUGGACUGGGAUGAAUGGUCGAUGGUCGACGAGAACGCUCGAAACCCACCUGUCGUGCAUACAGCAGUUUUUAAAAUCCGAUACAACUCAAGUAAGUACAGUACGAUACAUGGUUGAAUUACUUAUGAGACUUAACGAGAGCGUGGACUCAGACCGAG